UCUGUGAAAAAAAGUAAUAUCAAAGAAAAUUGAGUUGGUUACGCAAGUUCCGAGAAAGAUACUGAAAAAAAAAUGGUUUUCGAAAACUUUUUCUCCAAGCUAACCAGGUCCUUCACAGUAAAGGCACAAGAAGAGGCCGAGGAAGAAGAAAUUGUAGACCCACAAGAAGUUUUAAGGGCGGAAUGUAGAGAAACAGAACACUGUCAACAUUUAGCUGAAAUACUACAGCAAUGCUCUGACAGAGUUAACUCCAAGAAGCAUACUACUGAAACUUGUGCUGAAGAACUAUUAGACUUGCUUCAUGCAAUUGACCAUUGUGUUACACCUAAGUUAUUUGCUCAAUUGAAGUGAAAUAAUUCGAUAAUAGUAGCAUUAACAUAUGAUCAUGUAUAAAUGAUAAUAAUAUAUAUAGUCUAAUUAAUGAAAA